GUUAAGUCACUAUAACCCUUCCCAUUUCUCCAAAAACCCUAUUUAAACCCCCUUGACCAAAUCCACAGUCUUCUUCUCUGUCGCUCUCACCAGAAUCUCUAUCUCUCUUUCUCUCUCUUCUCUUCUCUUCUCUCUCAUGGCCGAGGACUACAUGAAGGGCUCUAUGCGCAAGCUGGCGCUCUGGUACACCAGGACCUUCAAGCCCAUUAUGACCCACGACGAGCUCGAGCCCAUCAUGGCCACCCUCGGGUUCGUGGGCCGUCCGGCUGCGGCGGCGGCGCCGAACUCGGCGGUGUUGUGGAAGGAGUACGUGUUCUCCGCCGCGGGUGGGUGGAGGAGCAAGUGGGGCGGGGCGAACGAGCCGCUGCUGCUGCCGAGGCCGAGGCUGCCGUACCCGAGAAUCGAUGGGCUCCACAUCUAUUCCUACCGGGCUUUCCUCGAGGCCGUUAAUUUCUACCUCGAGAUGUGUGACAUCUCCGAUCUCUUCCACAUAAGAGGAAUGCCACUCCAUGAUCUCCAUCGAAUUAAAGACCGAAACAGGAAGUGGCGAAAAAUGGAAGAAGAUGACAGUGUGUUUGUUUACAGAGAAGGAACUCUAGAUCAAGCAACAUUCAAUCUGUAUCACUCUCCCAAGACCAUCAGCAAUAACGCGCUUAAUAACAGCAAUGACGGUGAUGACCACAAUUCAAUCGUUAUUCGGGAGAAAGGCAAUAAUAUGCCAACCAGCUGCAUUGUUCCCUUGAAAGAUAUAAUAGUAUGAGUUUCAUAAAUCUCCAUGAAUGUUGGAAAUUUUGAAGAAUAGAAGUAAGCAAAAACCUCACAGUGAUCUUCAUAUUAUAAACCUAAGAGCUUUCUUGUGUUUGAGUUUACCCUCUUCCCUUUCUGGGCUACUGGCUUUAGUGGCUUAUACAGAUUUUGAACUCUGGUUCACCAUUUCCUUCA